GGAAGAAGAAUAAAGGGAGGAUUCAUGAAGUUAGGUAUAUGGACUUUGACACUGGUGUAGAUGAAUUGGAGAGUGAUGAUUAUGAUGAUGAUGAUGAUGUUGGUAAUAUGGCAGAAAAUGUUGGCAAUGAUGCUGAAGAGGACAACAGUGAUGAAGAUAUCGAGGAGAAUGAGGAUGAUGGAGUUGAGAAAACAAAGAAGGGGAAAACUGAGAAGGAUGCUGAGAAGAAAGCCAAAAAGUUGAAAAAUACUGAGAAGCGUGGUGAUGUUCUGAGUGAGUUGAAUGGUGAGAAGAAAGCCAAGAAGUUGAAAAGUGCUCAGAAACAGAAGAAGAGUAAAUUGUCUUUGAAAGAUGGAAAGAAGAGACUAGUGAGGUUGGGAAAAAACUGAAAGAUGGGUCGGCAAAGAGUAAGAGAUGCAAGAUAAGAGCAUAAGAAUAAUCAAUUAGGAGUCUUUCUGAUACCACACUCCUACUAACCUGGAGUAUUCAACAGGGCAUCACCUAAGCUUCAGCUGAUUCCUUCUAUCCUGAAGUCUUCAGCAGGCAUUGCCCUCAGACUGUUUCUUGGGUCUCCUGUUUUACUUUUGGUAUUUAUUUUGUUAUCAAUUUUGAUUUUGAAGGAAUCCGUAGUUCAAAUACUGACCUGCUGUGAGG